GCAAGAGAGAGGAACUGGGGUGAGCAAGCGUUGUGGCUUUGUCUGUUUCCUGUUUCAGCAAGGCUGCUGUGCAGAAAGAAAGACAGUACGAAGAAGGAAAAUGCUAAGGGGGCCCAGGGCCAUGGACUGACAGCUUGCACUUGACCCAGCUGCUGCCUUGCCCCAUCUGAGACCACAGCCAAGAUCUGCCCAGCAGCUGGAAUGCUUUCCUGAGCUGCUUGGUUUGGAGCCUGGGACCCAAGACCCAGGCAGCUAUUCCAGGAACUGGAAGCCAAGCACAACAGGUGCUCAGGAGGUCAUCAUGAUCAGCCUGGACCCCAGGCCUUCCCCUGGCUUGGCCCGGUGGGCCGAGAGCUAUGAGGCCAAGUGUGAGCGCCGGCAAGAGACCCGUGAAAGCCGCCGUUGCCGCCCCAAUGUGACCACUUGCCGCCAGGUGGGGAAGGCGCUGAGGACCCAGCAGAGAGAGCAGCUCCAGAGAGCACGACAACAGGAGUUCUUCAGGAGGAGGAACCUGCAGGUGGAGGAGAAAGGCAAGACACAGAGCCCCAGGGCCAAGGAGCACGGUCCCUCGAGGAGGCCAGGCCAGCCAACUGACCUCAAGGAGCCCUUGUCUUGGGCCAGCAGGAUCUCCUCCUCCCCCCAGAAGCAGGUGUCAGGAACCAGCUCUGAGGCCUUUCCAACCCAGCGUCACCCUUCCUCAAGCACCCAGAGGGAUCUGGCUCACCUCUCCUCCCAGGCUGGGGGCCUUUCACCACAGGACUCUCCCAUCAAGAAGCCACCCACACACCACCGUGGCACUCAGACAAAGGCAGAAGAAGCCCAGCCAACAAUUAAGAAUGAUGCCAGUCAGCAAACCAAUUAUGGAGUUGCAGUUCUAGAUAAGGAAAUCAUCCAGCUUUCUGAGUACCUCAAAGAGGCCCUCCAAAGGGAACUGGUUCUAAAACAGAAAAUGGUGAUUCUCCAAGACCUACUGUCCACCCUGAUAAGGGCCUCUGACAGCUCUUGGAAGGGCCAGCUUAAUGAAGACAAAUUGAAGUGCAAACUGAGAUCUUUAGAAAACCAGCUGUACACCUGUACCCAGAAAUACUCCCCUUGGGGAAUGAAAAAGGUGUUACUGGAGAUGGAAGACCAGAAAAACAGCUACGAGCAGAAAGCCAAGGAGUCGCUGCAGAAAGUGCUGGAGGAGAAAAUGAGCGCAGAGCAGCAACUGCAGAGCGCGCAGCGGUCCCUGGCUCUGGCUGAGCAGAAGUGUGAAGAGUGGAGGAGCCAGUACGAAGCUCUGAAGGAAGACUGGAAGAGCCUGGGGACCCAGCACAGAGAGCUGGAGAGCCAACUCCAUGUGCUUCAGUCCAAACUGCAGGGAGCAGACAGUAGAGACUUACAGAUGAACCAGGCUCUGAGACUUCUGGAGAAUGAGCACCAGGAACUGCAGGCCAAGAUUGAACACCUGCAGGGGGACAGAGACCUGUACAGCUCGGAUACGCAGCACCUACAAGAUCAACUGAAGAGGUCAGAGGAGGAGAAACUCGCCCUGGCGGCCAAAGUACAGCAGCUGCAGAGUCUGCUUCAGAAUCAAUCCUUACAGCUUCAAGAACAGGAGAAACUCUUAACAAAGAAAGUGAUAGGGCCCUUCCUCAGAGGCGUGGACCGCACUAUCACUGAGAAUCUGGCUGCUUUUUUAGAUCAGGCUUUGCCUGUGUGGAGUCCAAAGCCCUCCCAUAAGGAAGUGGAACCUGAGGGUACAGGGAAGGAGAAAGAACGGGAUUUCAGAGACCAGCUGCAAAAGAAGACUUUGCAGCUCCAGGCCAAGGAAAAGGAGUGCAGAGAACUGCAUUUGGAGUUAGACAACCUCAGUGACGAGUAUCUCUCCUGCCUGCGUAAGCUGCAGCACUGUCGAGAAGAGCUGAACCAGAGCCCACGGCCGCUUCCCAGAAGGCAAUGUGGCCAAUGGCUCUCGAUGCUGAUGGUAAUGAUUGCUAUAGCACUGGCAGUGUUCCUGGCCAACAAGGACAGCCUGAUGAUCUGAAUCACUUCGGACAGCUGCCUGGGUGAAAAUCUGAAGCAAGAAACUCAAAAAACUCAGAAUGUUUACAUACUUUAGAGUGUGGGUUUUCCCACAGAGAUUUCUGACUUUAUUAUUUUUUUUAACCUACUGUAAAAUAAACUUCACCUAACAAGUCUCUGUUCCUCUGAACUCUUAGUUU